AUGCUUUUGCUGAUUAAAUUUCAUAUUGUUUCAGGGCUCAGUGAGAAGCAUCAAGAGGAACUAGAAAACUUGACACUAACAACACAACCCUUCAGAACAUUGAAGUUUUUCAUUUUGGCUGUAGUUCAAUAUGUGAAGCGUUCAAUAUCGUAUCUGUUGGCAAAAGGUGGUUGGCUUAUGCUUUUGAGUACUGUCGUAGCGUCACUUGGAGUUCUUCUAGUGACCAUUGAUGGCCCUCAUGAGAAGCAUGUUGAGGAACUUCUCAAAUAUUUCCAGUUCGGGCUAUGGUGGGUGGCACUUGGAGUUGCAUCAUCAAUUGGUCUUGGAUCUGGUUUGCACACGUUUGUCCUAUAUCUGGGUCCUCAUAUUGCCUUCUUUACUUUAAAGGCGAUGCAGUGUGGUCGAGUUGAUUUAAAAAGUGCUCCCUAUGAUACAAUACAGCUAAAAAGAGGUCCUUCGUGGCUUGGGAAAAACUGCUCUGAAUUUGGGCCCCCAUUGUUUCCAUCAUUACAUGGUUUGCGGGUUCCACUUAGCAGCAUAUUACCUCAGGUCCAGCUAGAGGCUGUUUUAUGGGGUGUUGGGACUGCAAUUGGAGAGCUUCCUCCAUAUUUUAUCUCAAGAGCAGCAAGCUUAUCUGGCAACAAAGUGGAUGGCAUGGAAGAAUUGGAUGCCCCCUCAGAUGAAGGAACAGGAUUCAUAGCUACUCAUCUAAACCGAGUCAAACGCUGGCUUCUAUCACACUCACAACAGUUGAACUUCUUUACGAUCUUAGUGCUUGCUUCGGUGCCAAAUCCUCUUUUUGACCUGGCUGGCAUUAUGUGUGGACAAUUCGGUAUUCCAUUCUGGAAAUUUUUCCUUGCGACAGUGAUUGGAAAGGCAAUUAUUAAAACUCAUCUACAGACGGUCUUCAUCAUCUCAGUUUGCAACAAUCAACUUCUUAAUUGGAUAGAGAAUGAAUUGAUUUGGGUUUUCAGUCUCAUUCCUGGUUUUGCUGCUGUCCUGCCUAACCUCAUUGCCAAAAUUGAUGCGGCAAAAGAAAAAUAUCUCACAGCUUCUUCUGUAUCCUCAAAUAUCAAGGUGAAAACGUGGGAUUUCUCUUUUGCAUCAAUUUGGAACACUCUGGUCUGGCUUAUGCUAUUCAACUUCUUUGUCAAGAUUGUGAAUGCAACUGCUCAGAGGUAUCUGAAGAAACAGCAGGAAAAGGAGCUUGCUUUGUUGACAAAGAAGUCGUAA